AUGUUGGACGAUCCCUCUGUCAAGUACAGAGCUUUCAAGCCAUUAAACCUGCCGGACAGGCAAUGGCCAAGCCGACAGAUCACCGAAGCUCCCAGAUGGCUAUCUUCGGAUCUCAGAGAUGGCAAUCAGGCACUCGUCAAUCCUAUGACGGUAGAACAAAAGACACGCUUCUUCCAGCUCCUCGUCAAAGUGGGCUUCAAAGAGGUGGAAGUAGCCUAUCCUGCUGCAUCAGAGACCGACUUUGGCUUUGUGAGAUCGAUCAUCGAAAAAAAGUUGGGCGAGAAAGAGGGCGUAUGGUUGCAAGUUCUCUCGCCUGCUCGAGAAGACUUGAUACAUCGCACCUUCCAAAGCGUCAAGGGUGCCAAGCGAGCCAUCUUCCACAUGUAUAACGCCACUUCCCCCUUGUUCCGCUCGGUCGUCUUCAACAACGACAAGCAAGCUACAAUUGAUCUGGCGACGCGACAUGUCACUUACCUACGCAGUCUCGUCGACGCCGACGAGGCCGAGUCACGGCAAAAAGGCGUUCAAGGAACUGAUUGGCAGUUCGAGUAUAGCCCAGAGACGUUUACGCAGACCGAAGAGGACUUUGCAGUCGAGAUAUGCAAUGCCGUCCAGGCAGAAUGGUAUAAGGGACGAGAUCGCUCGAAGAUGAAUCCUAUCAUCUUCAAUCUGCCUGCAACAGUCGAAGUCGCCACUCCCAAUCACUAUGCAGAUCAGAUCGAAUACUUUUGCAGGCAUAUCCAUAACCGCGACCAUGUCGUUAUAUCCUUACAUACGCACAAUGACCGAGGGACGGGCAUUGCUGCAACAGAGCUCGGGCUCAUGGCCGGCGGUCAACGCGUCGAGGGCUGUCUGUUCGGUAAUGGCGAACGGACAGGCAAUGUCGAUAUCGUCAACCUCGCUCUCAAUCUGUAUACGCAAGGCGUCAGACCCGAACUAGACUUUUCGGACAUCUACUCUGUCAUCGAGACUGUCACAAAGUGCAACGAUUUGCCAGUUCAUCCGAGGCAUCCUUACGCUGGAGAUCUCGUCUUCACUGCCUUUUCUGGCAGUCAUCAAGACGCUAUCAAGAAGGGCUUUGCGAAAUCAAAGGCAACAGGCGCACACCUCUGGAACAUUCCCUAUCUACCCGUUGAUCCUGCGGAUAUUGGACAGAAUUAUGAAGCUGUCAUCCGAGUCAACUCCCAGUCUGGCAAGGGAGGCGUCGCCUACCUCGUCCAACAGUCACUGCAGCUUGACCUGCCAAGGCGAAUGCAGAUUGCGUUCUACCAAGUCAUCCAGGAAGUCGCAGACCGAACGGGCAAGGAAAUGACUACAGAAGACAUCGAGAAGAGUUUCAGAGCGACGUAUCAUCUCGGCGAGGGCUACGAGGGCAGGUUUAUCUUGGUCGACUACACGCUGGACAAUGUCAGCUCGAGCUUCAGUACUUCGCCAAAAUCUGCAUCGCCUGUUGGACCCAGAUCUGGUCUGAGCGAUCUGAUCAAAGCGAGCUCAAAGAAGCAAAGGGGUCUGUCGGGCAUCAUUCUCGAUAGAGGACGGGAGGUCAAGGUCCGAGGAGUGGGCAACGGUGCCGUGUCCGCCUUAUUGGAUGCCCUCAAGAUCCACUUCAAUCUCAGCGUGUCCAUCAAAGAGUACGCAGAGCAUGGCAUUGGCGAGGGCACUCAUGUGCAAGCUGCCUCAUAUGUCGAACUGCUUGACUCGACCGGCAAGACCUCUUGGGGCGUAGGCGUCGAUGAAGAUGCAGCUGCGGCAUCGCUGUUGGCCGUCUUGUCCGCCGCCAGUGGCAUCACAGCCGACGUCAGUGAUAUUGCGAGCGAGGUUCAGGAUGCGCUCGAGAAUACCCAUCUGACGACGACGGGUGUGCCCAUUGCGAGUUCCAACAAGUGAUACAUGAUGUGAUUGCAUAAUUGCACAAGCAACAUGACAUUUGCAGACUGAGCAUCAACUCGUUGCGACUUCCGUAUAGUCCGCUGUGCUGCUCGAAUCAAAGAGUCUCCGACAGCUUUCGAGAUCGAGACCUCUAGUCUCUGGCAGCAGCAGGUACACGAAGAUGAGAGCACAGAUGGUCAACAGGCCGAACAGGAAGAAUGCGCCUGCUGGACUGAUGGCAGCCGUCAGAUGCAAGAACGUCGAAGCGACGACGAAAUUGGCGAUCCACUGCGGAUUUCAUGAGGAUCUUUCUGCGCAUUUUGCGAGAAAAGGCCCACAUUUGUGGCUGUGGCUAGCGAAUUAGCAAGCGCUCUGACAUCGUAAGCGAAGAUCUCGCUCUGUACGAGCCAUGGGAUGUUGCCCAGA